AAUCUCAAAUAUCCAGACGGGUGCGCCAUCUAAGCCAGUUAAAACAGUCCCGCGAAAAGUUACCGAGCCCCACUUCUUGUCUGAACGUCUGCCAGUGAAGACCGGGAGGGAACCAACUAACACCACACAAAAUGAGCGACCUCAGCAAGAACGAUAUCGAAAGAGCGACAUUCGCCUUCUCCAUCUACGAUUUCGACGGCAGCGGUAAAAUCGAUGCCUUCAACCUCGGUGAUGUGCUGAGGGCGCUCAACUCCAACCCCACACUCGCCACCAUCGAGAAACUCGGCGGCACCAAGAAGAAGGGCGAAAAGCAGCUCUCGCUUGAAGAGUUCCUUCCUAUCUACAGUCAAGCCAAGAAAGACAAAGACCAGGGCUGUUACGAAGACUUCUUAGAAUGUCUGAAGCUGUACGACAAGAACGAGAAUGGCCUUAUGCUUGGCGCUGAGCUUACACACACCCUCCUCGCGUUAGGCGAGAAACUGGAAGACAAAGAAGUCGAAGAAGUCGUAAAGGACUGCAUGGACCCUGAAGAUGACGACGGCAUGAUUCCCUACGCACCCUUCCUCCGGAAAAUGUGUGACGGCUGGAGCAAGAAAGGUGCGGCAGCGCCAGCGGACGCAGAACCCGCGGAGGCAUAAACAUAGCGCGAUGAUGCGCCUGCGUCGGCCACGGCAGCCGACGGCCCGGCGCCGGCGACGCCGCAUCGCCACGCCGCCACCGCCCGCCGCUUGCUGCCUGCCACCCAGCCUUGAACAUCCCGUAUACGUCAUCUUAGAUACGGACUCUCUACCCCCUUUUUUAUACGUCACAGCAACAAUACCAACAAUUUUGUACAACCUACAAUCUAUGACUGUACAUACUAAAGUAAGAUUUAAUUAAACUACUGUAAACACACGUUGUACGUGUUUUUUAAAUUUAUUAUUAUUUAUUAAGUACAUUUAUAAUGACAAAAAUAUAAAAAACCGUAAAUUAUUUUAUAAUAAACUCUUAAAAUCA